AUGACAUCACCACGCCGUUCACCGUUACUGAUGCUCUUAGGAGCCAUCUUCUUUUUUUCCAGCAAUGUCCUGGCUGCUUCAGCCGUUCUCGGAGUUGAUCUGGGAACCGAAUACAUCAAGGCUGCACUGGUGAAGCCUGGCAUCCCGCUUGAGAUUGUACUUACAAAAGACUCGCGACGAAAAGAAACCUCCGCCGUUGCGUUUAAGCCUUCAAAAGGAGCCGUAGCUGAGGGUCAGUAUCCCGAGCGCAACUAUGGCGCCGACGCAAUGGCCAUUGCCGCACGAUUCCCCGGCGAAGUAUACCCGAAUCUGAAGCCCCUCCUCGGACUCCCAGUGGGAGAUGCGAUUGUCCAAGAAUAUGCGGCCAGGCACCCUGCUUUGAAACUACAGGCACACGCUACACGGGGAACUGCUGCGUUCAAGACGGAGACUUUGGCUGCUGAGGAGGAGGCCUGGAUGGUGGAGGAGUUGCUGGCCAUGGAGCUUCAGAGCAUCCAGAAGAACGCCGAGGUUACCGCUGGCGGCGACUCUUCGAUCCGCUCAAUCGUGCUCACCGUGCCGCCGUUCUAUACCACUGAAGAGAAGCGAGCCCUGCAAAUGGCAGCGGAGCUCGCCGGCUUCAAGGUUCUCAGCCUGGUUAGCGAAGGUCUAGCUGUAGGCCUCAACUACGCCACCAGUCGCCAAUUCCCUAAUAUCAACGAAGGCGCCAAGCCGGAAUAUCACAUGGUCUUUGAUAUGGGAGCAGGAUCGACUACUGCCACCGUUAUGAGGUUUCAGAGCCGCACCGUCAAGGACGUUGGCAAGUACAACAAGACGGUCCAAGAGAUCCAGGUUCUUGGCAGUGGCUGGGAUAGAACCCUCGGCGGAGACUCUCUCAACUCAUUGAUCGUCGAUGACAUGAUUUCUCAGUUUGUGGAAUCCAAGGGGGCUCAAAAAAUCUCGGCAACCGCUGAGCAAGUUCAAUCUCAUGGUCGUACCGUUGCCAAGCUCAGCAAGGAAGCUGAACGCCUUCGUCAUGUCCUGAGCGCCAACCAGAACACCCAGGCAAGCUUUGAGGGGCUAUACGAGGAUGUCGAUUUCAAAUACAAGAUUGCUCGAGCCGACUUCGAGGCUAUGGCAGAGGUUCAUGUGGACCGAGUUGGCGUUGCCAUUCGAGAGGCUUUGAAAGCAGCCAACCUCGAGAUUGGUGAUCUCACCUCCGUCAUCCUCCACGGUGGUGCAACCCGUACUCCAUUUGUACAAAAGGCACUUGAGAAGGCACUUGGCUCUGGAGACAAAAUUCGAACAAACGUAAAUUCCGACGAGGCCGCCGUGUUUGGUGCUGCUUUCCGGGCUGCUGAGCUUAGCCCCAGCUUCCGCGUCAAAGAAAUCAGGAUCUCAGAGGGUGCUAUGUUCCCUGCUGGCAUUACCUGGAAAGCCUCGAAUGGCAAAGUACAGCGCCAACGACUCUGGACUGCCUCGUCGCCUCUCAAUGGCCCAGCCAAGGAGAUCAGCUUCACUGAGCAAGAGGACUUUACUGGUUCAUUCUAUCAGCAGGUCGAUACCGAGGACAAAAUUGUCAAGUCAUUCUCGACCAACAACCUGACUGCGACAGUCGCGGCUCUCAAGGAGAAGUACCCCACGUGCGCCGAUACCGGUAUUCAGUUCAAGGUUGCAGUCAAGCUCCGUACUGAGAAUGGCGAAGUUGAGAUCGUCAAGGCCGUGGUUGAAUGUGAGGCUGAAGUGGCCGAAAAGGAAGGGUUCGUUGACGGCGUUAAGAAUCUUUUUGGAUUCGGGAAGAAGGACCAGAAGCCUCUUGGCGAAGGAGAAAAGGACGCUGAUGCAUCAUCGGAUGCUGAAGCUAAGACGGAAGAGGCCAACUCUGAUGCCAAGUCGUCUUCCACCACCAGCACCAAAUCUGGAGAGGCAGCUCAAUCCACAGAUGCCGCAAAGGAGGAAGUCAAGAAGAAGCAGAUUGUUUCUAUCCCCGUUGAGGUUUCACUGGAGAAGGCCGGAACUCCCCAGCUGACCAAGGCUGAGUGGACUAAGGCUAAGGAUCGAUUGAAGGCAUUCGCAGCCUCUGACAAGGCUAGAGUGCAACGCGAAGAGGCCUUGAACCAGCUCGAAGCUUUUACGUACAAAGUCCGCGAUCUUGUCGACAACGAAGCCUUCAUCUCGGCAUCUACUGAGGAGGAGCGACAGGCUCUGUCUGAAAAGGCUAGCGAAGCUAGCGACUGGCUCUAUGAGGAGGGAGAUGCGGCCACGAAAGCCGACUUCGUUGCCAAGCUUAAGGCUCUCCAAGACCUUGUGGGACCCAUUCAGAACCGUCUAGAUGAGGCCGAACGGCGACCUGGUUUGAUUACAGACUUGAGAAAUAUUCUCAACACUACCGAUGUAUUUAUCAACACUGUACGUGCGCAAAUCUCUGCAUAUGACGAAUGGAAAGCCACGGCCUCUACCAAGGAGGCAGAAUCUGCCACCUCUAGUGCUGCUGCUGAAACAACAAGCGGUGACUUUGAAGGACUGGAGGACGAUGACGCGGAAGAGAAGCCAGCCAAAGAAGAGGUUGUACCUCCGCUGCACAACUCUGAGGAAAUGGACGGGCUGGAGGUUCUCUACAAGGAGACACUAGAUUGGCUUAAUAAGCUUGAAGUUGAGCAGGCGGACGUCCCUCUUACUAAGGAGCCUGUCCUUAAGGUCAGCGAACUGGUUGCUAAACGCGAUGCGCUUGACAAGGCUAGCCUGGACCUCGCAUUGAAGAGCUUCAACCAAUACCAGAAGAACAAGCCCAAGAAGCCCACCAAGAGCAAGAAGGCGAAGAAGCAGGACAAGACGAAGAGUGGUGAAAAGGCCACGCCCACCUUUGAGUUUCCUGAGGGAAGUGUGCCUCUCUCUAACGAGGAGCUGGAAGAGUUGGUUAAGCAGUAUAUGAAGGAGGAGGAAGAUUCCCGCAAAAAUGCGGAAGACACAGCGAAGCCGGAGCACGACGAGCUCUAGGCGGAAGGCGUUUUGAUACACUGGGUUUGAAGUAAAUACUUGGGCCAUAUGAUACAAAAAAAGUCAAGUACCUAGAUAGAUGCGGUAUUCUGGAUUUUUGAAUGAUAUAAAUGCAUGAC